AUGGCGAUCUGUACUUAUAACGCACGUACGCUUGCAUCGGAAGCGGCCAUUGAAGAUCUGAUGAUGCAAGCCAAGAAGAUCAAGUACGACGUACUCGGACUGACCGAGGCGAGACGACUUCACCCUCUGAACGCCGUAUAUGAGACUGGAGAAGAACUGUUCUUAGGAACAUGCGACAGUAGAGGUGCUGGUGGAGUUGGCGUCCUCGUCAACACGAGUAUGGCAAAGAACAUCGACUCUUUUGAACAACUUACGACCCGAAUGGGACGUCUGCGGAUGAGAAUAUGUGGCCCAACACCAGCUUUGACUAUCUUCGUCGCUUACGCUCCAACAUCAAGCUACGAAGAAGAAGAAGUCGAAGCUUUCUAUAUGGACCUGGAGAAGUUCUACCGAGAAGACCAUGCCCUCUACAAGGUCAUAAUUGGCGAUUUCAACGCCAAGGUUGGCCCAAGAAGAACGCCGGAGGAACUUCACAUCGGAACCCACGGCCUACAAUGGAAUGACCAGGGGGAGAGGCUCUCCGAGUUCAUCAUGAUGACUAAGACCAUCCAUGGGAACUCGCAAUUCCAGAAGCCCUCCUUUCUACGCUGGACGUGGGAGUCACCCGGUGGAGGGUACCGUAAUGAAAUAGACCACAUCAUCGUCAAUAAAAGGUUAUGCCUGACGGACGUCGGUGUUGUACCAAAGUUCUAUACGGGAUCGGACCAUCGCCUCCUCCGAGGAAGAUUUUCCUUCACAAGGAGAGCACAGAAAGCCGCCAAGUGCAGAGAGAGAAAUCCCAGGACUACCAUCAACUGGGAUCUCUUCGCUACGCUAACCGGCUUUUGGGAAGAUUCCGCAAUGGGCAACUUCGACGAGGAAUAUGACCGGCUUGUUGAACACCUUCACGACUGCGCGAAGAAGGCUGAGAGUUUUGAAACCACCAAGAGAAGCAGGAAGAAAACGCGGUGA